AUGGUCAUUUUACUAGUGGCUAAAUGGGCUUUAUUUGGGCUUUUGUCCACUGCCACCAUCAUCGCUAGGAUAACAAGGAAUAUAAUGACCAUGACUCCACCCACAAUCAGUAUCCAGAUGAGUUUUUUGAAGAUUGCCAUUAGUCGAGUUCCUUCCUAUUACUUGCUGACGAGUGUGGGUGUUGAUAAAAAAAUUUAUGUCGUAAAUUCUAAAUUGCUGAAUUGUUGA